AUGAAUUUAUUAAACAUCGCUAAACAACUUCUUUAUUUGGCUGAAACUGAAUACACAUCUGAAAAAUCUGCAGCAACUGCCGAUGAAAUCUUUGCUGCCGAACGACUGUUCGAAAUUCUGAAGUCGUUCCAAGACAGCUACUUCAAUGAGUUGUAUUCUUACGAGACUCUCGAAUUUGAAGAUGACUUUGACGGAAUGACUGAUGAAGAAGAAGACGGCGAUGGAAGUGAUGAUUACAAUGAGAAUGAACAUUCUGAUUUAAAAAGUUGUUUUACGUUAGAAGAAAUGGAAAAGAUAGUCGAAUGGGUUGACCAACAUCCGAAUGCUGGAUUCGCAACUAUUUCCCAUCGAUUUAGAAAAGUCAAAUACAUGCAUUAUAUUUCAAGAUUCAGACAAUACAUCGAAAACAACGGCACGAGAUUAGAAAAAUUAAAGCAAAUUAAAGAAUUUAUGUUUAAUGAAUUUUAUGUGAAAAGAACAAUUGAAAAAGAAGCCGUUCAUGAUACUGAUGUGGAACUUUUUGCAGUUCAAAAAGCAAGAGAAUUAGAUUGA